AUGUUUCGGCCACAGCUGAGACAUAUCACGCUACGAUGCGAACGUGCUAAGUUUGGCAUUUCUCCGCCUGCUCGCCAGUUCUCCUCUACCCGUACAGUGGCAGAAGAUCAGAAGCAGCCAGCCGCCAACCGCCAACACAUUCCUCGUUCUCAACCGGCAACACCUAACCGCCGUCCUCACAAUCCCAAUGGCCCCCCUCGCUCCUACCAGAACCAGAACCAAUCCCGCCCUCCCCGAGUGAUUGACGCCAGAGCUUUUGCUGCAUCAAAGGCCGGCGGCGGCGAGCAACCCAAAAUCAUCCGCAGCCCGAGAUCCCUCAACUUUCGAGGCGGCAACCAAGCUCCAAACCGCAAACCUGGCAAGCCAUUCGUCAAAGGAGCCAAAGGAGCCAAGGCCGAUCGCAAGCCCACCCGCAAGCCCAGAUACUCUGAGAAUGAUAGCGCAGACGACAACCAGGCGGCGCUCAUCGACAAAAUCCUGGAAGAGCAGGUCGUCAAAUCCCGCCCAACCCCCCUUCGCUAUGAGCCCCAGGAAAUUAACCACUCUACACUGAAAGCGACUUGGCCUUCACUCCCCACAGAUGUGAAUGGCAACUCAGCAGCCAUCUACGAGAAACUCUCCAGUCUGGGAGGCCGUAUCGCCGAUGGCUAUGUUCCGCCUCACGAGCUUGGAAGACGACUGUGGAAGGGCCAGAAUGUGCUUUUCAAUAGCGAGGCUGAGAAGGCCGAGGCAUUGGAGGAGACUAAGCGCUUGGCUCAACUUCGUGCUGAUCGGAUCUCACAGCGCAAGGGUGAACUUGUGGAACCUCGCAUUGUUGAGUUCAGCCCCCUCAACGCCGAGAACACCAAGUCUCUUAUUGAGACUUACGUCCAGGGAAAGUAUCCUACUGCUGAAGCUGCGAAGGGUGGCCAUGCCGUACUCGGCGAGGUCACAAAGAACCUCCGAAACAACGGGACUUAUCAGACACCCGGAAAAAAUUCUCAGUUCAUGGCUAAGCUUGAGUCUCUUGUCUCUGCUGGUCGCCCCAAAAGGGCUUAA